AUGCAUCUCAAGACCGUCACCGCCUCCCUCCUCGUGGCGGGAGCCGCCGCUUCUCCUUUCCGCCGCCAGACCUCCAACGAGACCUACUGCGACGAUGAGCUCCCCGUUUCGAAGCCCACCACCACCUCUCACUACCCCCCGUUCCCCGUGAACACCACCAUUCCCGGCGUUCCCUCUAACCCGGGUGGCAACCCUUCGUACCCGGGCAAGCCCACCAACCCUGGCGGCGAGACUCCCUCGUGGCCCGGCAAGCCUAACCCCGGUGGCAACAACCCUUCAAACCCGGGCAAGCCUUCCAACCCCGGUGGCGAGACUCCCUCAUGGCCCGGAAAGCCCAACCCCGGCGGCAACAACCCUUCUAACCCGGGCAAGCCCUCCAACCCCGGCGGCGGCGAGACUCCCACCACGCCCGGCAAGCCCUCCAACCCCGGCCAGUCCCCCGCCUUCAGCCAGGCUGCCGACGAUGAGUCUCCUUCCAAGGGUGAUGACUCUUCUUACCCUGGCAAGCCCUCCGCUCCGGGCGCCUCCCAGCCCGCCAACCCCGGUGGUAACGGCAACAAUCCUUCUAACCCGGGUAAGCCCACCAACCCCGGCGGCGAGACUCCCUCGUGGCCCGGAAAGCCCAACCCCGGUGGCAACAACCCUCCUUACCCGAGCAAGCCUUCCAACCCCGGCGGUAACUACCCUUCGCACCCCAGCAAGCCCGCCGUUCCCGGAGUUCCUAGCUACAUUCCUUACCCCGUGAACACCUCCAUCGCCUCCGUCACCCCCUCGUUCACUACCAUCCCUGGCGUUGCCCUCCCCAGCGAGCCUGUCGUCAGCACCACCGUCCCCGUUAGCAGCAACGGUACCGCCUCGGUUCCCGUUCCCAGCUCUACCGCCCCGGCAACUACCAUCCCCUACGGCGUUGCCAUCACCAAGUGCACUGUCCCUGGUGACUUUGCCCUCACCUUCGAUGACGGUCCUUUCACUUACACCGACCACGUCCUCGACCUUCUUGCUGAGGCUGGUGCCAAGGCUACCUUCUUCGUCAACGGAGAGAACUUUGGCAACAUCAACGAUUUCCAGGGUGCCAUCAAGCGCAUGGUUGCCGACGGUCACCAGAUCGGCUCUCACACGUACAGCCACCCUGAUCUUUCCACUCUGGGCGACGCCGACAUCAUUCCCGAGAUGACCUCGCUUGAGGAUGCUCUCAUCAACAUCAUCGGAAAGUACCCCACGUACAUGCGCCCUCCCUACUUCAGCUGGAACGACAACACUCUCUCCAUCCUCAAGGCUCUUGAGUACCACGUCAUCCACGCCGAUGUUGACUCCCUCGACUACGCCAACAAGGAACCCCUUGGCAACCUGACCAGUGUCGGUAUCUUCGAGAAGGGCGUUGACGCCGGUGGCUCCAUUGCCCUGGCCCACGAGGUUCACCAGAACACCGCCGAGUACCUCGUCCCUGAGUUCCUCCGUAUCAUCAAGGAGAAGAACCUCCGUGCUGUCACCGUCGGUGAGUGCCUUGGCGACCCUGAGGCCAACUGGUACAGAACCAAGCGCACUUCCACCCCCACUGCCACCGCCUCCAAGAUUGUCGUUUCCAUCACCAGCACCUCCACCCCCACUGGUGUGAUUGGACCUGAUGGCGCUUGCGGCGGCUCUGAGGGCUACGUCUGCCAAGCCGGCUUCUGCUGCUCUGAGUACGGAUUCUGCGGUUCUUCUCAGGCCUACUGCGGUACCGGUUGCCAGCCUCUCUUCGGUGUUUGCGGUGCUGCUGCUCCCGUCCCCUCCGGCGGCGGCUCUUCCGCUUCCGUCUCCGCCAGCGCCCCUGCCGCCACCAAGACUGGUGGUGUCAGCCCUGACAGCUCUUGCGGUGGUGAGAACGGCUACACCUGCCCCGGCACCACUUGCUGCUCUGAGUACGGAUUCUGCGGCACCACCACCGCUCACUGCGGUACUGGUUGCCAGCCUCUCUUCGGUACCUGCGGCUCCGCUGCCCCCGCUCCCUCUGGUGCCUCUGCCACCGCUAGCGCUCCUGCCGCUACCCAGACCUCCGGUGGCAUCAGCCCCGACAGCUCUUGCGGCGGUGACAAGGGAUACACCUGCCCUGACAGCACUUGCUGCUCCGAGUACGGAUUCUGCGGUACUACCACUGCCCACUGCGGUACCGGCUGCCAGCCCCUGUUCGGCAAGUGCACCUAA